GGGGGGGAGAAGCACAUCGUCUCCCUCGGGUGUCUCACGACUGUUUGUUUGGAAGGGGCAGAAGCUGAGCUCGAGAGAGAAGGACUGUACGGCUUCUUGUCUCUCUGACUGACCGAAGCUUUAAUGGACGCGCUGCAAAGGGAGAGUCAUUUAGGGAUCAGUCACACAGACCGUUUUCGCUGAGCUCGUGGUUUCAGGUGAAUUGACAGUUUCGGGCCAGCCCUUCAGAGAUGGAUCUGAUGAAGACUCUCAGCAGUAACUCUAAGGCAAAUGGCAUCCACCCUCAAGAUGAUGAUCAAGAUAUAUUUGCAGAAGCCACAGUGGAGUUAUCGUUGGACAACUCUCAAAAUGACUAUAAUAAGUGUCAGACCAAACUGCCCUCCACUGACCCUUCGCUAAUGGUUCCAUCCAAUACUGCUAGCCAGCCCCAGGCAAAAACCUACAAAGAGUUAGAGAUGAUGGUGGCAGAAGAAGAGGAAGAGAAUGAGGACCAAUUUGAUCUGAAGGUUACAGUUACUGAACCAGAAAAAGUGGGGGAUGGGAUGACUGCCUACAUGGCCUACAGAGUGUCCACAUUGACUAGUUUACAAAUGUUCAAGAGGAAGGACUUCAGUGUAAAGCGAAGAUUCAGUGAUUUCCUGGGGUUGUAUGACAGAUUGUUGGAAAAACAUUCCCAGAAUGGUUUCAUCGUCCCUCCACCUCCCGAGAAGAGCUUAAUAGGUAUGACCAAAGUGAAGGUUGGAAAAGAUGACUCCUCAUCUGCAGAGUUCUUAGAACGGAGGCGAGCUGCAUUAGAAAGGUAUUUGCAGAGAAUUGUCAAGCACCCCACCCUCUUACAGGAUCCUGAUGUCCGAGAAUUUCUGGAAAAAGAUGAGCUUCCCCGAGCAGUGAGUACUCAAGCACUGAGUGGAGCUGGUCUCCUUCGGAUGGUGAACAAGGCGGCUGAUGCUGUCAGCAAAAUGACCAUCAAGAUGAAUGAGUCUGAUAUAUGGUUUGAAGAAAAGUUUCAAGAGAUUGAGAGUGAAGACCAGCAGUUGCGCAAACUCCAUGCUGUUGUGGAAACUCUUGUCAAUCACAGGAAAGAGCUUGCAAUGAAUACUGCAAUCGUUGCCAAGAGCACAGCAAUGCUGGGGAGCUCAGAAGACCACACGGCUUUGUCUCGUGCCCUCUCUCAGCUCGCGGAGGUUGAGGAUAAGAUCGAACAACUGUACCAGGAUCAGGCCAACAAUGACUUCUUCCUGUUUGCAGAACUAUUGAGUGACUAUAUCCGCCUGCUCUCUGCAAUGAGGGGCGUGUUUGACCAACGGAUGAAAACGUGGCAGCGCUGGCAGGAUGCUCAGACCACAUUGCAAAAAAAGAGAGAGAUUGAAGCUAGACUUAUAUGGGCCAAUAAACCAGACAAACUACAACAAGCCAAAGAUGAGAUUUCAGAGUGGGAGUCCAAAGUUGUACAAUGUGAAAGAGAAUUUGAGCGGAUUUCGGCUACAAUUCGCAGAGAAGUAGCCAGGUUUGAGAAAGAGAAAACCCAGGACUUUAAGAGUCGUGUUGUUGCAUAUUUGGAGACUCUACUGAACUCUCAGCAGCAGCUUGUAAAAUACUGGGAAGCUUUUUUACCAGAAGCAAAAGCGAUUGCAUAGAUGGAACAAGAUGAGUGGACACUGCUGCCUUUUAUACCAAACCGCCAGCCUAUAAGCGAAUCUGCAGUUUCAUUUAAGAAAGUGCUGGCCUCUGGCUGGCUGCUGCUUUCUUGCUCUUCCUGCAAUUGAAUCUUAUUACCAAUGUAUAAUCUUUACUUUCCAUAUUUUCUUAAUAAUAAUUGAUCUGCAGGAAGACCUGUUUAAUUAGUGGGAAUUUCAGACUUCAGACAAAUCCCUCAAAAAGCAAAUUGGAUGCAUAGGGAGGGGGAAUGAAAGAGGCAGGUAGAGGAGAGAGUUAUUGCAUUAGUAGUAAAAUAACAUGCAGUUUAUCUGCCUAUCCUGAUAGCUUCAGAAUGCCCUGCUCAGUUACAGCACUAACUUGGCUGCAGCAGCAGCAUAUGCAAAAGCCAGUUUUUUAUUUUACUUUGACUAUCUGAUUCUACAAGUUCACAUAAAGACCAAAGAGUUUUGGGAUCUGAGCAAUAGCACUUCUGGACAACUGUAUCCACAUUGCACCCAAUUAAACUCAGCACAUAUAGGGUACUGCCAAUAUUUUCGAAAUGCCACAGAAUUUUUUUAAAUGAAAGCUCUUACCCAGCUAAGUUCUUUAGAGAUAUGUAGUUACAGUUUGGGAGAGUCCCAAUCGCCCCAAUUGAGCGGAUCUCUGCUACAAUUCGCUACUAACUCUUAAACUCCGGUUUCCAUGUCAUUGAAAUAUCUUUUUAGCUAGCUGACCAUGGUCAAAUGUUCAGUUGGGGUUUAGGUUUACAAGCACUGCUCUGCAUAGUCUAUCAAAGGAGAAUAUCUGCCUAUCCUGAUGAUCUUGGUAAUGUCUGGGUUACAUUUUACAAAUGAGUGUAUCAAGAUUUGAGUUACUUGUGUUACAGUUAUUUGUGUCCUUCCAUCUUCAAUGAGUUAGUGAGGAUAUACUAAUGCAGUAAGAUAGGCGGUGAGGCUCGGGAUACCCUGGUAAUUUGCCCAUGUUGAUUUUAGAUUUCUCCUUGAGCAGUUUCAAAGACCAAAGUCUCCUUUGAGGAUAUCGGUUCCUUAAAUAUUUUCUGGUGCAUUGCCCCAUGAGCUUAACUGAAAAUUCUCCUACUUGGUAGAAUGUAGCUCCUACAAGAUUGACUGAGGAGAGGGAUCUAUCUAAAUAAAGCUAAGUGGCAUUUGGCCAUCUUACUACUUUACUUAGUGCAUUCAAGAUGAAUGGAGAUGUACAGGAAAGGGGAAAGAUUAAAAACUUUGAGAUUGGAUUUGGUUUCUGUCAUCUACUGAAUGACCAGUAACAAGUUAUUACAGUCAUAUAAAACUCUUUCAUUUGCAGCUACAAGAUGCAUUGAAACGUCCUAUUGAAACUUGCCUCCUUGUAGAUACCUCUAGUUGGGUUUAGCAUAGGACAAAUCACUGAGCGUGUACAAUCUACCUGUCUUACCUGUUUCUUUGCCAGUAGAAGUCACAUAUUACUAGCAAUUGGGAUUGUUCUGAGCUGGGAAGAGAUGCCAAACUUAGAACACCCCUAGCAGCUGAGCUAUGGCUAUGAAGCAAAGUGGCCUGUUCUCGUGGCUCUCCUUGCUGAAAAUGAAAGCAGCAAAGUUAGGGAAUCAGUUGGGAAGAUAAUAACGCAGCCUGUACACGUACUCAUUAUCAUGUUCAGUUUCAAUUUAAUCUGAAACUUUAGAUUAUUUUUGUGUUUGAUGCCCUGAAUGAACAGGUACUGCUUUUUUUCUUUUGCACAUGCCCUGUUUUAUAAUCUUUGCACAUUAAUGCACUAAAACCUUUCAUUGACGUGUUUUUUUUGUCUAAUGAAUUCCCAGAGGAACUGAAAUCCUGAUCUUCCCUUUCACACUUUGUCUCUCUGUGGGAGAACUAAGUGAAACCAGCUCACUUCUGUCAGUCUUUUGUGACAUUGUCAUUUACAUUCAUAAUAAAGUUUGUAAGUGGUUUGCCAGA